AUGUCGUUCCGUGUUCACGGCUUGUUUAUGCCUCCUAAUAGCAUGGUUCGAAACUCGAUAGGUUAUAGCGAAAAUAUCUUUGACGGCAAAGCCGACCAAAUGUUAAAGGUAUGUGAAUAUUUGGAAGGAAAAGGUUUUAUUCCAAAGGAUCUCGUAAAUAAUGAAGUUAAAUGGUUUUACGGUAAUCUCGGUAUUGAUGACAUGUAUUUUAGCUUAGAAAGCAUCGAAACCAUAGCAAAUCACAUUUUGGCGUUAUAUGGUGCAAAGAUUUCCGCUUACACAAAGAAUGAAAAUGCUUUGGAUAUAAAUCUCGAACGUGAAACUGAUGAAGCUGCCGUAUAUAUUCAUACUUCUCGUCCUGGAGUUUCCAAUGUAAAAGGUCCACAAUACGAAAAAAGAAUUGACACCCAAUUUUUAGAUGUAAGCUCUACCGCUAAAGCUUAUCGUCUAGAAUCCUAUCGUUCUCUCGGAACUGUUUCAGAAUCUAUGAAUACUCAACUUCGUUGUUAUUUCGUGGCCAAAUGUGAUUUCGUCAAAAUUGAUCCUUCUCCCGAAGAAGAAACUGAUGUUCGUCUCGUUGGUGAUAAAACCUUUUUGGAAAAGGCAACCGAUAAUACUUUAGAAAUUUAUCAAAAUGUCAUGAAAACUGUACUUCAAAGAACCGGUCCCGUAAUUGAAAUGUUUGAAGUUGAAGGUAGUCGAGAAAGACGUCUUGUCAUUGGUUACAGACAACGAAGUACACAAUCCUUCUUUUCUGCAAUGUCAGACCUUUAUCAUUUUUAUGAACUUUAUUCUACCAGAAAAUAUGUCGAACAAUUUUCUAAUGGAGUUACCGUUAUGAGUCUUUACUUAAACCCCUUGCCAAAUUCGAAAUCUGCUCCAAUCGAACAUACAAUUCAUCAAGUUAUCAAAGAAGCUUCUCUUAUUUAUUGUUUACCUACUACUCCCUUACAAUCAUUUUUCCAAACGGGGAGAUUAUCAGUUCAAGAAGCAAUUUAUGGUUACGUUGGUUGGAUUUUUGCUCAACAUUUCCUUAAUCGUCUGGGUAACGAAUAUGCUAGUCUGGCAAAUGCGAUGAAUGCAACUGAUCCGGUUCACGUUGAAGUUUUAAAUAAAAUUAAAAAGCGUUUACGUUCCGAUACAUUUACUCGUGAAUACAUUUUGGAAAUUAUUAAAAUGUAUCCAGAUUUAAUUCACUUGUUAUAUAUCAACUUCGCUUUGACACAUUAUGUCAACCCACGUGCCGCUGCCCUCGAUGAUGAUGAACUCUUGGAAAAGAUUAAAAAGACAACAUCUAAUCUUCACGAAUUCAUGGUGUUUGAAUCAUUCUUGAUUUUCAAUAAACAUGUUCUUAAAACAAACUUUUAUCAACCUACAAAAGUUGCCUUGUCUUUUCGUCUUGAUCCAACCUUUUUACCCGCAAUCGAAUAUCCUACAAAAUUGUUUGGUAUGUUCAUCGUCAUUGGCUCGGAAUUUCGUGGUUUCCAUUUGAGAUUCCGGGAUGUGGCUCGUGGUGGUAUUCGUAUAAUUCGAUCAAGAAAUAAAGAAUCUUAUAGUAUCAACUUAAGAACUCUUUUUGAUGAGAAUUACGCUUUGGCCGCCACUCAACAGAGAAAGAACAAAGAUAUUCCUGAGGGAGGUUCCAAGGGAACCAUUCUUUUGGAUAUAUCUCAACAAGAUAAAGAUCGUGUGGCAUUUGAGAAAUAUGUCGAUUCCAUACUUGAUCUAUUGAUUGUGGGUAAUUCUCCUGGAAUCAAAGAGCCUGAAAUUUUAUUCUUUGGCCCUGAUGAAGGAACGGCCAACUUUGUUGAUUGGGCUAGUGCACAUGCUCGAGCACGUGGUGCUGCAUUCUGGAAGGCUUUCACUACUGGAAAGAGUCAAUCUAUGGGUGGAAUCCCGCAUGAUCUUUAUGGAAUGACAACGCGAUCCGUUCAUCAAUAUGUACUUGGAAUUUACAGAAAAUUCAAUCUUAAAGAACAAAAUAUUACAAAAUUCCAAACAGGAGGACCUGAUGGUGAUUUAGGGACUAUUGUGGAUGGUAGUGGUGUGAUAUGUGACCAGGAAGGUAUUGAUCGUUCUGAAUUAAAAAGAUUGGCCAACUCUCGUUUAAUGGUUUCUCAAUUCGACGAAAGCAAAUUAUCACCUAAAGGUUUUAAAGUGUUGAUAGAUCAAACGAAUUUUAAAUUACCAAAUGGUCAAGUUAUUGAGGAUGGAUUAUUGUUCCGUAACAAUUUCCACUUGACAAAUAUGGUCAAUGCUGAUCUAUUAGUUCCUUGUGGUGGUAGACCUGAAGCGGUUGAUCUCACCAAUGUUAAUUCGUUAUUAGAUUUACAUGGUAAACCAAGAUUCAAGUAUAUUGUUGAAGGUGCCAACUUGUUCUUUACCCAAGAAGCUCGUAUUCGAUUAGAGAAUGCAGGUGCUAUAAUUUUCAAAGAUGCAUCAGCCAACAAAGGUGGUGUCACCUCAUCUUCCUUGGAAGUUUUGGCGGCUCUUGCAUUGACCGACGAAGAAUUCGCGAAAAACAUGGUGGUAAAAGAUGGAGUUAUACCUCAAUUCUAUCAAGAAUAUAUUAAAGGAGUACACCAUAUUAUCGAAAAGAAUGCCGAAUUAGAAUUUGAAUGUAUUUGGAAAGAACAUCGAAGAACAAAUAAACCACGUUCAAUCAUUUCAGAUGAACUCAGUCUUGCAAUUGUUGAUCUAAAUGAAAAUAUGCAACAAUCUAUUUUAUGGCAAAACGUUCCAUUAAGAAAAGCAGUAUUAAGGGAUGCAUUUCCACAAUUGUUACUUGACAGAUUAGGUUUAGAUACCUUAUUAGAGAGAAUACCAGAAUCAUAUGUUCGCGCGAUUUUCGGGUCAUAUUUGGCUAGUCGAUUCGUAUAUAAAUACGGAACACAACCUUCACAAUUUGCAUUCUUUGAAUUUAUGAAUCCAUUCUUUGCCAAGAUUACCGAUCAUUAUAGUUGA